AUGGCAUCUCACCCUCCAGGUGACUGUUGCGGUCAAGGCUUCAAGCACGAAGGCGAGCCCGCGGGCAAAAUGAUCACAGUCGCUUCAAAAUGGGACGGGUACCUCGCAACGCCGCCCAUGGGAACCGAGCACAAGGAAGCAACUGUCCUCUAUAUCCCCGACAUUCUCGGCAUCUACAAUAACUCAAAGCUGCUAGCUGAUCAGUUUGCGGCGAGGGGCUACCAAACCUUGGUGGUCGAUGUCAUGAAUGGAGACCCGGCCCCGGCAAACUUUGACAGCAUCCCGGGCUUUGAUCUGCCGACGUGGAUCUCGGAGGGAACUGACGGAAAGAAACCCCACACCAAGGAUGCUAUAGAUCCCAUUGUAUCGGCGGCUGUGGCAUACCUUCGAGAGUCACUUGGUGCCAACAAGGUCGCGGCGGUGGGAUAUUGCUUCGGUGCAAAGUAUCUUAUCCGUCACCUGGUCUCUGAAAUAGAUGCAGGUUUUGUUGCGCAUCCAUCGUUUGUCGAUGAGGAAGAACUGGCUGCCAUUACCAAGCCACUUUCUAUAGCAGCGGCAGAGACAGAUUCGAUAUUUACAACUGAGCGGCGUCACAAAUCCGAGGACAUUCUGACUCGGGUGAGAGUCCCGUAUCAGAUAAAUCUCUUCUCUGGCGUUGCCCAUGGUUUUGCUGUCCGUUGCGAUUUGCAGCAAAAGGGCCAGCGGUUUGCUAAGGAGCAGGCACUGUUGCAGGCGGUGGCGUGGUUUGAUCAUCAUUUAUCGUAG